AUCGGGUCUUACAGUUAAAUCAGGGAAAACUCGGUUGAAUCUAUGCCAUUUUAGCUGAAAUACUAACUAACAGCUUCUGAAAAUUAGCGACACUUUAUUACGCGAGGGAAAAGGCAUAGGCAGAGUCGCUUUUGAGUCUUCAAUUGAUAUUGCACCCCACGCCAUUUAGCAUUGCUAUAUAUAGUUUUGGAAGCGUCUGUUGACUUCUCGGUAUGCAACGGUUUCCUGUUCAUAAACCAUGAAUGCAAGUUAACUGAAUUUCUUCUAAUCUUCAACUGAAGAGCUCAAUUUGAAGUUUUAGCAAUAGGCCAUGAACACCUUGAACGUAGUUUGGUUUCUAUUCAUAUGUGCUGUAGUUCAGCAGAGUGAAGGUCAGUUUCCUAGAAUUUGUACAAACCUUGAAAGCUUAAAAACCAAGACAUGCUGUCCAAUCCCGAAGAAUUUUGCUGAGCCAUGUGGCAGCGAUGGAAAAAGAGGAAAGUGCGAGGAAUUGAUUUUACGAGAUUGGAAUUACACCUACAGUCAUUUCCAACCCUUUCAAAACGACGACGAACGCCAUAACUGGCCACGCGCGAUGUAUGAGAAAACGUGCAAAUGCAACGGCAACUUUGGUGGUUACGACUGUAGUAAGUGUGAGUUUGGCUUCAGUGGAACCAACUGUACAAAAAAGAAAACUUUAAAACGGAGAAACUUCCUUAAGCUGUCCCCUGAAGAGAAAGAUCGUUAUAUGCGAUACAUUAACGAGUCCAAAUAUUUUUUAAGUGACUAUGUCGUCACCACCAAAUUUUACGAAGAAAUCAGCGAAGUAGUGCAAGCGGGUGAAGACCCGAGUGAGAUGUUUCAUAAUGUCAGCAACUAUGAUCUAUUCACAUGGAUGCAUUACUACUCGGCACGCGAUACUAUAUACCCGGAUAAAACGAGGUCUGACAUCGACUUUGCACAUGACGGGCAAGGAUUCCCUACUUGGCAUCGACUGUAUAUGCUUUUAUGGGAGCGAUCAUUACAGGAAAUUGCGAAGGAUGACAAUUUGGCUGUUCCAUACUGGGACUGGACUGAGCAUCCUAACCGAUGCAACACCACUAUCUGUUCUAAGGAUCUCCUCGGUGUUACCAACCAGCACAGUGGCAUUGUCGAAGGGAAAUACUUGGACAAAUGGUACGUGAUUUGCACUAGAGAAAUGACGGAUAACCUUACAAAGCUUUGUGACCCUAACGAAAGAAAGAUUGGGCUGGAAAGAAACACAGAAAAGCAAAAGAAGAACAAGGAAAAGGAGCGUGGUUUCAUAAUGACGUUCCCUACAAACGACGAGGUCAACUUUGCACUUCGAUUUGAAUCAUAUGACCUACCACCUUACAGCAAAGAAUCCAGCUGUAAUUUCAGAAAUAUUCUGGAGGGCUACGUCAGCACCAAAACAGGCUACCGCUUGCCAAAUGUACAUACGCUGCAUAACCAAGUGCAUAUAGUUACUGGUGGAAUCAUGGGAGAUGUGCCUUCUGCUUCGAACGAUCCUAUCUUUCCCCUUCAUCAUUCAUUCGUGGAUCGCAUUUAUGAAAAGUGGCUUCGAAAGUUUAAAAAGGAUGCUUCGGUUCUUUCCAAAUUCAACGCGCCCAUUGGUCACAACAAACAUGAUGUCAUUGUACCAUUGUUUCCGGUGUACACUCAUCAGGAAAUGUUCAGAAAAUCUGUCGAUUUUGGCUAUGAAUAUGAAGAUGUUGACGAGAACGGUAAUUCUCCUGAAGACAAGAGCGAUGACGGAUCACUGGGAGAUUGUCCGGUUCCUUAUCGUAAAUCGUCCGCUUCUGGUGUACCUGGAAUGGACUUGAGUUGGUUGCUUAUGUCGAUUUUUUUAUUCCAAUAUGGCCAAUAAUUAUGUUGAUUGAGAACGAAUCCUGAUUUCCAUUUCUCUCUCUUCUAACUAGUCAGGGCAUCCGAUGCGAUGCAAAAAAAAAUACGGUAAACACGGUAAAUAUGCCUUAUUAGGGACUGUGCAAUAAUUACCAGGAGGGGGGGGGGCAUUAUUAUAAGUAAUAGCAUGGCUCUG